AUGACAAAUAUUGUCAACCACAAUCAAAAUGUUUCUUCUUCUUCUUCUCUCAACACAACAACUACUAUUACAAGGGUUGCUUCUCGGGGCUGUGGCGGUGGAAGCGGUGGAAAUGGAUCGCAAGCUUGUGCGGCGUGCAAAUAUCAAAGGAGAAGGUGCGCGCCAGACUGUUUGUUAGCCCCUUAUUUUCCUGUCGAACGAAACAAGGAAUUUUUGAAUGCUCAUAAGCUUUUCGGUGUUAAUAACCUAUUGAAGUUACUAAGAAACGUUGAACCGUUUCAAAGAGACAACGCGAUGAAAGCGUUAAUAUUUGAGGCUAAUAUUCGUGCUGGUGAUCCUGUUGGAGGAUGUUACAGAAUAAUUAUGAAUUUGCAACGGCUAAUCAAUCUUUAUGAGACGGAAUUGCAAUUUACUUACAAUGAGAUUUUCCGGGUCCAAGCGGUCGAUAUACAAAAUAAUAUCAAUACGAAGACUAAUUCUGUUCAACUAAAUAAUAGUAUUGGCCGAGGAUUCAACCGAUCGUGUAUUGGUGAUUCAUCAAAAGGAAUUAAUAGUAUUGGCGGAUCUGGUGAGUCAUCAAAAAGAGUUAAUACUAUUGAUGGAUUUGGUGAAUCAACGAAAGGAAUUAAUAGUAUUAGCGGAUUUGGUGAAUCAUCGAAAGAAAUUAUUAGUAUUGGAAUUAAUAGUAUUGACGGAUCCAAUCGAAGUGAGUCAUUAAAUAGUCGAAUAAUUAAAGUAGAGCUACUGGACGAUUUCAAUGACGAAUUUGAAAUGAAAGCAGAUGAAUUUGAAACUAAAGUAGCAAUUUCAAGUUCGAAAGGCAAACAAUCUGUGGUUGAAAAUGGGGAUUUCAAGCCAUAUUUUGGAAAUAAUUGUAAAGGCAAAGGAGUAGCAAGCGAUGAUGACAAGGUUGUAUCAAAUACAAGAGUUAAUUGA